AGAUGACGUCUCAAGAAGCCUUUUCCUCGAUGGACAACUCCUGUACGACUGAGAGCCUACACAGACGUAUAGCCAGCAUAUACUUUAUAUAACUGUUUUAGCCUAAUGUUGCCCAAAAAUCAAAAGGUUUGCCCACUCCUGUGUCAGGCUGUGACGGCCAUUUUUAAACUCUGUGAACAAGCUCUCUGUGGGGGAAUCAUUGAUGGUUUCUCUCGAAAACUAAAGAUAACAAAGGUCGCAACGGCUGCGCCUUCUGAGAAGCGCGGCAGCUGUUGUCACACACAGGAAGCCGCCAAACAACAGGGAAGCUCGUGACCCCGCUCACAGCAAGCAGCCUUCACUUCCUUCAGCGUUGAAAGAUUGCGGACUAGAGGGGAGGGGCCGCUUUAAAAGAUGACUCAUGAUGUUUUUGCUAAUGUGAGGACGCGAUAGUAACAAACAGGCUCUUCCUCUUGUUGACUUCCGGUAAAUUCCUCUGCUUUGAGGUCACGUCUCAAUGGAUCCUAAUCAUUGUUUGCAUAGUUUGCAUGGAUUAUGACACACUUCCUGUUCCAUUGUAUUGUUUUCUUCCUGGCACAGUCAACAAAGCUAACAAAGCUCAGCAGUAAAUAAACGUGAUAGGUUCGGUGGCAAUAAAAAAACACUCCGGCUGCAUCUCCUUGUUGACUUGGACUUGCAAACAGAGCAAGAGUGACAUCAGUUCCUCUGCUUGUUUCUUGCAACUGACUCGGUGGUCCACGUAUGAGCAAGCAAAGAUUGGUUCCUGUGUGCUCCUUUUUCAGACUUUUUCCUCCCGACUCGCCAGGCGUUCACAAGUCUCAACUCGGCACACUCGCUGUUGAGAAAGACUCCAAUGUAUGUCGUCAGCCUGAGCCAGAGCCAAACACUUAUCAAAUGUUGCUUCCCUUGCACAACACCUUAACCUGAAGGUUGCCAGAUGAAAAGAUGACUCAUAACAAGUUUAUUUACGUGACCGCCAACACUAACUGUGUCCCGCCCUGACUGAUCUUAAUAUGUGCUAUAAUCCUGCAAACAGAUGGAGAAACAAACAGAAACGGACAAAAACAUGGUCAAUUUAGGGAUUUAGCUUAGCGCCCUCUGGUCGGCUUAAUCUUCCGUUUCAGUGUUUUUAUUACGCUGUUGUUGUAAAUUCUGCUUUACACAAAAACAAGCAAGUCGGUUUUUCUUUCAGUUUUGGAAGAUUUAACAAGGAACACAGUGUUCGCUCUCAUGUUAGUCUCCAAAAGCGUCCAAAAAAACAGAAGAAGUUGCUGUAAGUGUCGCUGGUUGAAAAUGAAUCUACAUGGGUCUGAAUACUCACUAAGUGUAGUCAAUGAAUUUUCCAACACCGAUCCCUCCUGCUACGUCUUCUUCUUCUCUGGCUGACCAGGUGCGUAUGAGGUGUGUUAAGAAGCGGCAUUACAAUGACAUCUACUGUCCAAAGUUAGAACGACAUGGCGGGCAGCCACGAACUGAAUGGGAAACAAUGCAAUAUAUGGCACAGCAGCAGUUAUAGUGCACGAUAGCGCUGCAACAAUUAAUCGAUAAAGUUAAUCGACAACUAUUUUGAUACUUGAUUGAUCUUUUUUUUUAAUUCAAAACUGCAAAUAUUCUUCGAUUUCAGCCUCUCGGAUGUGAAUAUUUCUACAUUUCCUUAGUCACCCAUGAAAGCAGAUGAUCUAUUCUACUAUUAAAUACUAUUAUCUUUGUGUUUUAGGCAAAACAGGACAUUGACACACAUCAGCUUUGACUUUGGAAAACAGUGAUGGACAUUUUUGCCCCUUUUCUGAUACGUUGCGGACCAAACCACUGACUGUUUGUGUUUGGUUCAUAAAUAUUUGGUCUGUCGAAGGCCGGGGUUGACAACGUUUGGCAUCAAAAGAGCUGUUUGGGCCCGUUACCACCAAAUUAAAACUCACUUGUAGGCACAAAACCUAUUUGACCACUAAAUUGAAGGUAACGCUACAUAUAUAGUUUCCUUAAGCGUAUUGUCCUGUUGCUUUUCUGUCUUCUUGGCAGAGUGACGAGCCACAGCUGUUGCCACCUGGCAAUUAGUCAUGCUUCUUAAGCCUUUUCUUAAGCAUUCUCCACCAAUUUCGGAUCAACAUUUGCAUUAAAAGUGUCGUAAUACGUCGAUUACUUCCAGUUCCAGGACCACUCUCCAUGUGGCUUUAGUUGCCAUUGUACAUUAGCAACAAAGACAGCUAAAAAGCAAAAUAGUUGACCAGCAUCGUGGUUUCUUACCAAGCUGACUCACCAGAAAACACUGCCCAAGAACACAGAGAAUUGCACAAAUGUUCCUAAGUUUUGAAAUGCACUGCCCGCGGGUUGAACAGCCCCGACUGUGGGUAUAUUUUGUGUGUGAAAGUUUCAUGUUCAAACAGAGGUACCAAAACGAGUGACACGCAAUAUUGUACGGUGACCAAAAAAUGUACGCAAACCAAGGCAAAAUUUUGCCGUACAUUUUUUACCGUAACUGAAAAACACACUAACCGGGGAGUGCGCUAACUGAGGGUACACUGUAUUUAUUCCCAAAUACAGGGGCACUCUUUUGUGAUGUAAAACGGCAGUCGCUAAGAUACAGUGGAGAAAGGCUGAAGAAAAAGACGAGUUUCUUGGAUGGAAACACCCUCAUUAGUAUUCCAUUCAGCUGAUACACCUGAUACUGAAAGUGGCUGUGUUGAUGCCACCAAUUCAAUGCCCUGAGAGAAACUGACCACUUCUUGUCCGGAUAAUGCAAAUGCACAUACCACUGCAAGUUUGAGAAUCACUUGUGAGCGCUCAUGUAGUGGGUUUAUGGCGAGUUCAAGCGGUGGUUUGAUGAUGUCUGUCAUGCUAGUUUGCUACAGUUUGUUAGCUUAGCUUCUGAGGCCUCUGUGUGUGGUGGUCUUUAAGGGACAAAAGACAUUUGGCAUGGCGCUGAACUUUUCAUGACUUUUUUCGUAGAAAUAGGAUGCAUGUUUUUAACAGCACCACCUUAUGAGUCUGCCUCAGGUAAACAUUACAGGAUUAUCAUUCGCUUCAUUUUGAAAGUAACACGUACGUAAAUGAACUGAGGUUUUCUUAGUUGAGAAGGUUGGAACGUUUUACAGUCAUAGUGUGUUUUUUUUCUUAGUCAAGUGUUUACUAAAACGUGAUCACACAGGUUUGAGUAAUGUUGCUGGCACUGACUUUUGUCUUGCCGUGGCAUUUUAGCAACACUCCUAACUCUCCUUUCACGCCCUUCCCCUCGCUUGCUGGACUCAUGCCGCUGCAGGAAGCCCGAGAAGGGCGGCCUGAUUGGGCCGCAGCACCACGUGCUGGCUGUGAUAGUAGCUCCUUAUAUGGUGAUGAGGGCGCUCAUUGACUGGAGCAUCAGGUUUAGCCUGGCUGUUUCUCAGAAGACAGAAAUGAACACCAUGUACUCCCACAGCAACACACCCUCCCUCCACUCCUAUUGUCACUGAUGCAUGCAUGGUGCCACACGCCGACUACACACUCAGCUAUUGCAUUUAGUAAUACCUGACACUUUAUGCUGACUAUUUUUAGUGGCCCAGUGAAUUGCCUCAUACUGUACAAGCUACUUUAGUAGUACAGAGUUUGACAUGCUUGUUUAACAUUGCGCUCAUAUUCUUGUGAUUUUCACACAUUAUAGCUUUCAGCAUUCUUUAGUAUGCACUUCAUAAUGUUGGUGGGACUUGUACAGUAUAUGUUUAAAAUUAGGAUACAACAGACCCAUUUUUGGCCUAUUUUUUAACAUACCUUACAACUCCUGUGUAUAUACAGUAUGUAUAUACUCCUCACAGCCACUACACACACUGGAUGUGAUAUAUACUGUGCAUAAGUGUAUGCAAAGUUCUUGUACAUCACAGUACUGUAUAUAUGUGAAAAUGUGCACAUUUCAACGCUGCACAUUUACAUUUAUGCUCUGAUUGCACAAUAUUUAUACACAAGUAUUGAUAAUACACAAUGUACGUUUGAUUGCAUUUUACUUAAAAAGAUGUUUUAUUUUAUUCUGCUUCAUUAAUGUGGCUACUGGAGCAAAGUAUCUCCUUGCAAAGGAUCAAUAAAGUAAGGCAGCUGACAGUGGCAAACGCACAGCAGUGUCCAAAAAGACAGAUCCAAAAUCAGAAACACACAAACACCAGAAAACAUUUGUAGGAAAAAUGCUGCAAUCACAUAAAUGCUACAGAAUUUUUUUAAAAAAUGCAAAAGAAAGGGCUGCAAAUUCUAAAAACACACAGAAAAACAAUUCCAUGCGAGAAAUGUUAUUUUUUUUCAUGGGAUCUAUGUAUCUAUGUAAAUGUAUUUCCAUUGGCAUACAGCCCUUUUGGAGUGUUUUGGCUCCAAUGAGGUUGUUGUUUCUUGAAUAAAACCAACACAUGUUGUGCUUGAAUAUGUUCCUGCUAACAUGCAUGCUGCAAAACGGAAAAAUUAGAAUAUUCAGGGGGUGGUUUUGUCCCCUGUAACUGAAAAUGUGCUUUGUUUGGUUUACCUUAACAGACAGUUACUAGUUAUGUAACGUUCGUUUGGCAAGACGAGUCCAACAUCCGGGGUGUGGUUAGGAGUCCCCAGGCUGGCAAACAAACCCACACAUAACUUUGGUUGUAUUACAGUUUGAAAAUUGUGUUGUUUGAUUGAGUGUACAGGAUAUCGCAGCUACAGUCUCCACGACAGCUUUACGUGCUGACUGACAGCGUUCUGUUUCGAAAAAGAAACUCCUCCUCCGAGUGCGACUUGGUACAGUCCAGCCAACACGUCAUCCAUUGUUUACAAAUGAAGUGAGGCGGUUGGGCUGCGGAGCGGCGUGGGAGAGCAAGGAGCGGUGCGGCGUGGCACCUCUCAUCGAGCCUUGACAACAAAAACACUCGCUUACAUCCACAUACUCUCACCCGCCAACACCGACCGUCACCAUGCCCUGUCGAAAGGAGAACUACAUCUUCCUGGAGCAGUCCGUCACCGUCGGCUCCAAAGAGGUGGACGCGCUGGUGACGAAGAUCGGCGAGGCGCUGCAGCUCCACAACAAUAGCGGCAGCCACCAGAAGACCAUGGCCGUCUCCUGUUUGCACGGACUCACGGGCGGCGGCAGCGGAGUCAACUCGGCGGCGAUCAUCGGCGGCGGUUCAGGGGCGCCAGCUCAGAAACGCCAAGGCUGCUGUAUGAGGCUCCGGAACCGUGGAAGCAGCCGGGCGAGCCCGUAUAACAUCCCCGGAUCAAGCGACCAGGAAUGGGACCAAAUCAAACCGUGGAGCAAAAAGAGAAUGCACGCCGAGGAGGACGACCCGCACCGUCUGCUCCAGGAGCUCAUCUUAUCGGGGAACCUGAUCAAAGAGGCGGUGAGGAGGCUACAGUUCUCGGCCACAGACUGUGACUUCCCCAAGGCGGCGGACAACGUGCCCUGCUGAUCCGACUACAUACACACACACACACACGGACCCGGGCCGGUUUCUUUUCGUUUUCUCUUCCUCCUGGAGAAGCAAGGUUUUCCACACAUGGGGCUAUGAGACUACGAGUUAAACUCACAAGACUGGUAGCUGUGUUUUCUAAUUUCAUCCAUUUUUUCUGGAAUGUUAACUGUGUUGCGUCAGCGGGUGGUUAGCCUCGCUAGCUAAUCCGCUAGCCGCCCGGCUAACGUUGUUUAUGUUUGAAAAUCUCCCGGAGCCCAGACGUCACUGGUGGGGUGGUCGCAGGGGCUCCAAUAAGCCGAGAUAAGAUGACUUUCAUCGGUAAUUCCUCCCUCAUCGUUCAUCUAAUAACGUCAUUUGAAAAAUGACAUUUCACGUCCGGACUGUUUUUGUGUGUGACUGUAAGAAGAUGGGGUCUCUUGGUCGGCCUAUUUCUUUCUUGGACGAACCCGAAAAGCAACGUAAACACGUUUUCAUUUCCCCACUUCACGCCAUUAAUCAGUUUUUGUUGUCUGGGGAAGGGAGGGGGCUACGGUACAAACGAGUUCCCACAUGAUGGUUAAGGGUGGUGUCGUGUUGGCCAUUUUGUUUACACUCUCAAGCUGGCAGUAGAAGGCAGGAAGGAAGUGGUCCAUCCUCCUUUCAAAUACACGCUAGUUUCUUCUCCUUUAACUUCCCUGGGAGCAGCUAUUCUCACCGGUUAAACCUCAACUAGACACAUGUUUGUCAAACUCUUUUCUUACCAGACAGUAAGUGUGAUCUGUGUGCUUGAACACAAGCGUUGUCCUUGUUGAUGCAGGCUCUAUUCAGGGUUUAAUUGCAGGCGCAUUCGGGUUCUCAAUAACCCCGAUGUAUUUUUGCUAACAAAUUGGUGGAUAGCUCAUUUUGAAAUCAUGAAAAAAAAAAAACAAGCGACAAGUAGACACUUGAGUGUAGUUGGCGAUUUUAAAAGAAGAAGAAGAACAUUUGCAACUGCAGUAAACAAAAAAUGUCUGCCAAAAUGGAAAGAUGUCAUUAAUUUACCAGAAAGAUAAAUGAGUCCAUUGCGGAUUUGGCCUGUCAAGGGUCACUUCAAAUGACCUGACGGCCCAGAUGUGGCCCGUGGGCCUUGAGUUUGACACUUGUGCUCUAAAAGAAGAUUGUCUACUUUCAGAGUGUUUCGCAGUGGGCAAACAAGCAGGGAAGUGGGGGUGGGGGCAUGGAAAAGUGUGAGGAAGCACAGCCAUUUCCCACAGGGCUUACUAACUGUGGCUGAUGUUUGUUUGUAAUGCUUGUAAAGGGGGGAGGGCUUUGCCUGUCACAUGACAACAUUUUUGUGGUGCUCUUCACCUUUUUGGAAUUCCAAAUGGGGGUUCUGCUGUUUUUGUUCCUUUUUUUUGUAUUUGUGCUUUGUGUAAAAGAAAAAUGCACGACUGCUUCGUAACGAAGUAUCUGAUAAUGUUCCUGAGUAUUCAGGACCCUUUUUUUGGUUGUCUUAAUAAACACAGUUUUGUUUUUCCAAA